CCUUCCCAUGGUUGCAGCCUUCCCUGGCCAGGGGGAGCCUGGAGACACCCCCCAGGGGUUUCACUUCCAACACCCCAGGUUUGGGUGCUGCCAGCGCCUGCAGCCUGUGGGCUUUCCCUGACAGCCUUCAUCCGCCUGGGGCUGGUGGGUGUUCCUGCAGCCCCUCCAGGUGACCACAGCAGGGCUGGGGAGCUGUGGUGCCAUGAGGGCUGGGGUGGGCCAGGCAUGGGAAGGAUGGGUGACACUUGGGGACAGCUUGCCUGGCCAUUGAGCAACAUCCCCACCGCCCUUUGCAGGAAGAGAGGACGGCUGUGCUGGCCGGUUCCCCAGCACAGUGGGCGCCGGAGGAGGGGGGAAGCGAAGUGGGGGCGGUGCAAGCCAGCAGGAAGGCGCUGGCUCUGUGAUCGCUGACUCCAGCACGAUAGCCCCAGCCUGCCGGACCCUGCUCGGGGCCACGUGGAGGGAUGGGCGCCCACCUGCUGCUCGCCGCUGCCCUGCUGCUGCUGUGGACCCCAGCGGCAGAGGCCCUGAUGGAGCCGGAGCUUUGCUACAUCCUGGACGCCAUCCUCUUCCUCUAUGGCAUCGUCCUCACCGUCCUUUAUUGCCGCCUCAAGUUCCUGGCUCAUCGAGCGUCACGGCAGGGAGCCAUCAAGGAGCAGAAGGAAGAAGCCAUCUACACCGGGCUCAGCGGUGAGGGCCAGGAGAUGUACGAAACGCUCCAGAUCAAACACUCCUGACCCUGUCCUGCUGCCGUGCCGCAGCUGCCCCUUGUCCUCCUGUCCGUCCCCAGCAGCUGGGGACCCCACAUGGCCCCCCUCCUGGGACUGUGAUGGAGAACUGGAGCUUUUCCCUCCUGGAAGUGGCUGGUUUUGGUGCCAAACUGCCUUCGGCCAGGCACAGGCGCAGCCUGAAUGCCACCAUAGUGCUGGGACCCCCUGAGCCUGGGGGGGCUGAAGCUGCCUGGGCUGCGUGGUGCUGCCCCCCGCUUCUGCUGCCAUCCACCCCACAGUAAAGGAGCACCAUGCACAAA